AACACGCUCUCUACAACUAGGUAGUGUUUGGAGUCGCGAGCCAAGAGAGAAACCGUGUGACCCGAGUCAAACACGGUGAGGCUGCAGCAGGUUGGAGCCGUACAGUACUGAAAUCGCGAACACUCUCAUCACAGCACAGACCCUGGAUAUGGCUACGUCUAUACUUGGGGAAGAACCACGGUUUGGAACUACACCUCUAGCGAUGCUGGCUGCAACUUGUAACAAAAUUGGCAACACCAGUCCUCUUACAACUUUACCUGACUCCAGCGCUUUCUCCAAAGGUGGAUUUCACCCGUGGAAAAGAUCCUCCUCCAGCUGUAACCUGGGAUCCAGUCUGCCCGGCUUCACGGUAGCGACGAGUCGCGCCUCUUCGGGACUAACACCGACCAGCGGCACCGGCAACAGCGCCUUCUGCUUAGCCUCCACCUCCCCGACCUCGUCUGCGUUUUCCACAGAAUACAGCGGGCUGUUUUCGAACUCCGCCAGCGUCACGUCCCAGGAGUCCGGACAGUCAGCUUUUAUCUCCAAAGUCCACACCUCGGCAGAGUCUCUGUACCCGCGCGUGGGGAUGGCGCACCCAUACGAGUCGUGGUACAAGUCCGGUUUCCACUCCACCAUCUCUGGCGAUGUUACCAACGGCGCGUCCUCGUGGUGGGACGUCCACACUAACCCCGGGUCGUGGCUCGACGUCCAGAAUCCUGCGAGCACACUUCAGUCCUCUCUGCACUCCGGGACGCCUCAAGCCAUCCACUCCCAGUUGAGCGGCUAUAACCCGGACUUCUCGUCUCUGACACACUCGGCGUUCAGCUCCACCGGGAUCAGCCCCUCUGCUUCCCACCUUCUGUCCACGAGCCAGCACCUGUUAACGCAGGAAGGCUUCAAAACUGUCAUCCCCACUUACACAGACGCUUCAGCCGCGAACGCCAUGAUUUCUGGCGGCAGUUCGGGAAUUAGUAGCUCCUCCAGGUCGUCCAGGCGGUACUCCGGGAGAGCAACAUGUGACUGUCCGAACUGCCAGGAGGCCGAGCGGCUGGGACCCGCCGGGGCCAGCCUGCGGAGGAAAGGACUCCACAGCUGCCACAUUCCCGGCUGCGGUAAAGUGUACGGGAAGACGUCUCACCUGAAGGCGCAUUUGAGGUGGCACACCGGCGAGCGGCCUUUCGUCUGCAACUGGCUUUUCUGUGGCAAAAGGUUCACGCGCUCAGACGAGCUGCAGAGACACCUGCGCACGCACACGGGCGAGAAAAGGUUCGCGUGCCCGGUGUGCAACAAGCGCUUUAUGCGGAGUGACCAUUUGAGCAAGCACAUCAAAACGCACACGGCAGGUGGAGGAGGCAAAAAGGGCAGCGACAGUGACACCGACACCAGUAACCUGGAGACCCCGAGGUCCGAGUCCCCGGAGCUUAUUUUAGAGGGGGUGAAUCCCAGAAUCACUGUGAAAGAUCCGUCUCCUCACGACGAGCCCUAAUGAGGCUCCUCCAAAAAUAUAAACAGAUAAAAAAAAAAAACACUGCACAGCGUUAAAAACGGGUCUUAUUUGACGGACAAUAAAGGAGACAAUAUUUCAAGCAGCGGUUGCAAAGUCUUAAAAAAUAUAUUCUCCACUGGCGUACUUCAUGCGAAGGCCUAAAUCCAUCAAAAGAAAACAGAUAGAUUUACUGUAGGCCUUCGGUAAUGUUUAAGGGUCAACUUGAAAAUGAAAGGAUGUUUGCUUUACGCGAAACCUGUUGAACUUUGCUUGGACAAUGUGAGUUCCAUCUUGUAUAUUGGCCACUAAACUAUGUGUUCUUUUCAUGUAAAUGUUAGGCUAUGAUUGUUUUAUUCGUGUUGGUAUAUCCUGGAAAUCAGGGAGUUUACUUUCGACGCACUUUGUGGAUAUGUAUGUACACAGCUUUUUUUCAACUUUGGUUAACCAUUUUUAUUUCUUUGCUUAAAAAAAAUAUCUAUAGGCUAUAUAAAUGUUUACCUGUAUAAAGUCACACGUAUACGACUUUCAUUUUAUCGUAAUUAAAACAUCUGAAAAAAAAGGCUGUAACUGUGUGAUUUAGAUUUUGUUUCUUUUAUUUGUGUGUGUCAGGUUGUACUUUAAAAAUAAUAGUGAGGUUUAUUUUAAAUUUAGCGUGAGUUCUGUCCAUAGUUUUUUUUUUUAUCACCUACAAUACCUUGACUUUGACUAUUUCCCCUGUGGAAUAAAUCAAUGUUUAAUGCCCCGGAAAGAAACAUUUCAUGGCCAAAUGAAAAUCUUGUUAAAUGGUAUUAAUUAUGACUU